UGAUCAUUUAGUCGUCAAUGGUCGAGUGUUUCUUGUAAUUUCGCCCGUGAAGCAGUGAAUAUUAUAUAUAUUUGAUCUUCAUAUUGGUCUAUGAUGGUUUUGUUAAGAAUGUUCAUGUUGCAAUUAUGAGUAAAUCCAAAAAACCUCGCAAAAGAUACGAGUCUGAAUCAGAUUCAGAAAGUAUAGACAGCGAAGAGGAAGCCCGUCGACAGGAUCUUCAAGAAAGAGACGCAUUCGCAGAAAGAUUAAAAAAACGAGAUGCAUCUAAAACUAGAAAUAUUGUCCAUGCUUCAGAUCGCAGGGCUUACGAAGAAGCAGCGAAAAGGUUGCAAUUGGAAAAUGCCAAUCGGGAUAAAAUUAUUCCCAUGCUUCGAGUUCAGUCCAGGAGGAAAUAUUUAGAGAAAAGGAAAGAAGACAAGCUUAUUGAACUAGAGGCAGAUAUUGUAGAUGAUGAAUAUUUAUUUGAGGAGGAAAUUCUAACUGAACGAGAGAGAAAAGACCGGGAACACAAAAAGCAGCUGUUGAAACUAGCACAAGAACAUGAAAAGGCAAGAGAACUUGAAAGAGUUCAAAGAUAUCAUAUGCCCAGAGAUUUGGGCAAAGAUUCUGUAUCAGAUUAUGUGGAAGUUGAUGAAUUGGAAAAAGUUCCUCAGUCAGAACAAAAGAAAUGGGAAAAGGAUCAGAUGGCUUCAGCUGUCUUUAAAUUUGGUGCCAAAGAUGCGUCGAAGAAAGAAGAUGAUUAUGAGUUACUUUUAGAGGAUCAGAUUGAUUUCAUUCAAGUUCUACAAAUGCCAGGGACCAAAACAAAAAGUAAGGAGCCUCAGCUCACAGAGUAUGAAAAAAAAAAGUUAAGUAUAGAGGAGACUAAAAGAAGUUUACCAAUAUAUCCUUUUAAGGAGGAUCUAAUUCAAGCAGUACAUGAACAUCAGGUUUUAAUUAUUGAAGGGGAAACUGGGUCUGGGAAAACCACUCAAAUUCCUCAGUAUUUACAUGAAUCUGGGUUUACUGUAGAUGGUAAAAAAAUUGGCUGUACACAACCUAGAAGAGUGGCUGCCAUGUCAGUUGCUGCUCGUGUGGCUCAAGAAAUGGGAGUGAAGCUCGGAAAUGAAGUUGGAUAUGCAAUUCGUUUUGAAGAUUGCACUUCUGAAAGAACUCUUAUAAAGUACAUGACAGAUGGAACUUUGCAUAGAGAAUUCCUUUCUGAGCCUGAUUUACAAUCCUAUGCUGUUAUGAUUAUUGAUGAGGCUCACGAAAGAACUUUACACACUGAUAUACUAUUUGGUCUUGUCAAGGAUAUAGCCAGAUUUAGGCCUGAUUUGAAGCUAUUAAUUUCCAGUGCUACACUAGAUGCCCAGAAAUUUUCAGAAUUUUUUGAUGACGCCCCUAUUUUUCGGAUUCCAGGAAGAAGGUUUCCAGUAGAUAUUUAUUACACAAAAGCCCCCGAAGCGGAUUACGUGGAUGCAUGUGUCAUAUCAGUGUUACAAAUUCAUGUUACCCAACCUUUAGGAGAUAUUCUUGUAUUCCUCACUGGGCAAGAUGAAAUCGAGACGUGUCAAGAAUUGUUACAGGAUCGGGUGAGGAGGUUGGGUUCAAAAGUCAAAGAAUUAAUCAUUUUGCCUGUAUAUGCAAAUCUUCCAAGUGAUAUGCAAGCAAAAAUUUUUGAACCAACUCCUCCUGGGGCUAGAAAAGUCAUUCUGGCGACUAAUAUUGCAGAGACUUCAUUAACUAUAGAUAAUAUUAUUUACGUGAUAGAUCCAGGAUUUGCCAAACAAAAUCAUUUCAAUUCAAGAACAGGCAUGGAAAGUUUAAUGAUUGUACCGAUAUCGAAAGCAUCGGCCAAUCAACGGGCUGGUAGAGCUGGACGUGUCGCGGCUGGGAAAUGUUUCAGGUUGUACACAGCUUGGUCGUUUAAACAUGAGCUGGAAGAUAAAAUACAGCGAAUCAAUCUUGGGAACGCAGUUCUUAUGCUAAAAGCUCUUGGCAUAAAUGAUCUGGUUCAUUUUGACUUUCUAGACCCUCCGCCGCACGAAACUCUGAUACUUGCCCUGGAACAGUUAUAUGCUCUUGGAGCUCUGAAUCAUCACGGGGAGUUGACAAAACUGGGAAGGAGAAUGGCCGAGUUUCCUGUAGAUCCUAUGAUGGCAAAGACACUUCUUGCUUCGGAAAAAUAUAAGUGUUCCGAAGAGUGUUCCGAAGAGGUUGUAACCAUAAGCGCCAUGCUGUCCGUUAAUGGUGCAAUUUUUUAUAGACCAAAAGACAAAAUAAUUCAUGCAGAUACCGCCAGAAAAAACUUUAAUCACAUCGCAGGUGAUCACUUAAGCUUGUUAAAUGUUUACAAUCAGUGGAGGGAUACAGAUUACUCAACGCAAUGGUGUUACGAAAAUUUUAUCCAGUAUAGGUCGAUGAGGAGAGCGAGAGAUGUGCGGGAGCAGCUAGUUGGUUUAAUGCAAAGAGUUGAAAUUGAAAUGGUUUCGAAUAUUACGGAAACCGUGAAUAUAAGGAAAGCCAUUACUGCCGGUUAUUUUUACCACAUAGCGAGACUCUCAAAAGGUGGCAAUUACAAAACAGUGAAGCACAAUCAGAGUGUAACAAUUCAUCCCAACAGUUCCUUAUUCGAGGACCUGCCCAGGUGGAUCCUCUAUCAUGAAUUAGUUUUCACAACAAAAGAGUUUAUGCGGCAGGUAAUUGAAAUCGAAAGCAAAUGGUUAUUGGAAGUGGCACCACAUUACUACAAGCCCAAGGAGUUAGAAGAUUCAACAAAUAAAAAGGUGCCCAAAACAGUAGGGAGAAGCACGCGAACCGAUUAAUUUGUGAACGGAAUUGAAAACUACAAAAAUUAAAAAAU